AAAUAAUUGGUAUAUCAAUGAUAAAAAAUGUCACAACUAUGGAAGAACCACGAUACGCGAUUAAAACUUUGUUAUAUGCCAGGUGUUCUCAUUCGAUUUCAUCCAAAAAAAUUGUAAAUUCAUCGAAAAACACUACAGCGUCAUACUACUUUCUUUUAGUUCUCUCUUAGUCGUUGUACUUGACGGAUGCAAGAUGUGCAAGACUACGAUUGUUAUAUUACUUUUCUCCAUUGGUCUAUAUUAUUUUAUAUUCCAAAGAUCAAAACUCGUGAAGCCAGAUUUGCCAGAAACAUUUUGGGGACAGGAAAAGAAUAAAGGGGCGUCGAAGGAAAUUCGACCAUUCAAGAUCGACGUAUCGAAAUCGAUCAUCGAUGAUUUAAAUACACGUUUAGAAAAUCCAAGAUUGAACGUAGAACCAUUAGAAGGAGUUGGUUGGACAUAUGGUAUUUCAGCUCCUUACUUAAAAAAGAUUAUUGAAUAUUGGCGUAAUGAGUAUAACUGGACCGAGAGACAAUCACUCCUCAAUAAAUAUCCACAAUUCUACGUUCAAGGAGGUGACUGGGGUGCUGUUAUAACAUCUUCAAUGGCUGCUCUUUAUCCAGAAAAAAUCAUUGGACUGCACUCGAACAUGUGUUUUCAUAUAAAUCCAUUAAACUUUUGGAAUAUUCUUGGAGUAUUUUUUCCUUCUCUUGUUGUUGACAAACAAUACGAACAUAAAGUUUAUCCAUUAACAAAUCAUUUUUAUCGACUGAUAGAAGAAACUGGAUAUAUGCAUUUACAAGCUACCAAGCCAGACACAAUCGGUUUGGCAUUGACAAAUUCACCAGUAUCAUUGGCAGGAUAUAUACUCGAGAAAUUUAGUAUUGGGUCAAAUCCCGACUACAGAACUAGAAACGACGGUGGUCUCCUUGAAAAAUUUACUUUGAAUGAACUUUUGGAUAAUCUCAUGAUAUACUGGGUGACCGAUUCUUUCACAACUAGUGCGCGUCUUUAUGCUGAACAAUUUACACAGAAAUAUUGGGAUUUAAAAAUCCAUGAAAUACCGAUCAACGUACCAUCAGCAUGUGCCGUAUUUCCUCAAGAAUUUUUCUACUUUCCGGAGAAAGUUCUUCGUACGAGAUAUUUGAAUUUGAUUCAAUUCAAUUAUAUGCCUAAAGGUGGUCAUUUCGCAGCAAUGGAAGAAUCGAUCAUAUUUGCAGAUGACGUAUUCGAAUUCGUUGGCAAAAUUGUGGAAUUAUCCAAUAAACGAAAAUAAAAUAA